AUGAACUCACAGAGGCCAAAGGGAGCAGGUGCUCACUUUCCACAUCUCAGUUUACCUCAAAGUGUUAACUAUGGUUGUGGUUAUGGUUAUGGUUAUGGUUAUGGUUAUGGUUAUGGUUAUGGUUAUGGUUAUGGUUAUGGUUAUGGUUAUGGUUAUGGUUAUGGUUAUGGUUAUGGUUAUGGUUAUGGUUAUGGUUAUGGUUAUGGUUAUGGUUAUGGUUAUGGUUAUGGUUAUGGUUAUGGUUAUGGUUAUGGUUAUGGUUAUGGUUAUGGUUAUGGUUAUGGUUAUGGUUAUGGUUAUGGUUAUGGUUAUGGUUAUGGUUAUGGUUAUGGUUAUGGUUAUGGUUAUGGUUAUGGUUAUGGUUAUGGUUAUGGUUAUGGUUAUGGUUAUGGUUAUGGUUAUGGUUAUGGUUAUGGUUAUGGUUAUGGUUAUGGUUAUGGUUAUGGUAGCCAAGGUAAAAUAAUGUAG